AGCGACUUUUCUGUCUGCUUUCGAUCCCCAACGUCACCUGUUUUUCCGUUGUGCGCGUGCAUGCUCGCCGCAGGUGUCUAGUGAUACUCGCCGCUUUCUCUCCCCACAGCACACACGUCUUUUCAGCACGUCACCUCCGCCUCCUCCUCUCUCUUUUCCGCUCCUCGCUCAUCUGCGGGUUCAAUUGAGGAAGGUGCACGUCCGCCAUGUCCUACGCCAAGUCCGUCGCCGUGAGCGUCCGCACCGCUGAGUGCCGGCGCCUGCAGCAGGAGCACCCCAACGAGAUUCCGGUUGUGAUGGAGGGCCCCAACGGUCGCGUGCACUUCCUCACCGUACCCCACGAUGCCACGGCGGCCACGCUGGAGGUGGCGGUGCGCAGCGCAGCGGCGAUCACCGGCAAGAAGCUCGGCAUCGUUGUCCGCGGCUGCUCCCCCGCACCCUCCACCGCCAUGGCGGACCUCUACGACGCCUGCCGGUGCGAGGACGGCUUCCUCUACGUGGCGUUCCGUGGUGAGGGUGCCAUGGGUGCGCGCAACAUCUACUGCGUGGGCAACACCGGUAGAUACCUGGAGGACAUCGAGAACAACCCGGAUCUCUUCGGCUCCUACACGGCGUGAUUCUCAGGGAGUCGACCCUCCUUGAUGAUAUCACGUCUCUUUUUUGUUUCCUUUGCGCCUCUGCAUUCAGCUUGUGAGACGGACGCAGAAGCACCGCAGUUCUCGACGGGCUGACGCGCUUUUCGCUCUCUUCGGCACAUGUGAUAACUUCCUCCUUAUCUCUUCGCGAAAACAAUCUCUUUGCGGACGCGACAGCAAUGGAUGUGUAGAAAAAAGCACCUUCUUCUUUUGCGUCAUCUGCCCGUCUGCUCGCGUAGCAGAGCUGUACUUGGGAGACACACAAACGAAUUCCGCAGAGCACAACGAACACAGGCCGAUGGCAGCGGACGACGCUUCGUCACGACAGCGCAGUGGAGAGGACGGAAGAGACGCCGUUUCUUGAAGAGCGUGACGGUCGCAGCGACGUUUCGUUUUGGUUGCGCUUCAUUGUUGGCGCGCAAAGGUGUGCCGCGUAUCACUCUUGACCUGUCGCGCGCAUGCCGCUUUCGUGGUGCUGUCGCCGUUCCCCGUGUGUCUACGCAGGUAGACGGGGAAAAGCACCCGAAAUGCGACUGUUUGGCGACGAGAGUGGGGAGCGUAGUGUAGCGCAUCCAAUUAAAUGCACAUACGCCUUGCGCUGCGGCGCGAGGUGCGUAAACGCAGUCCCGACUCGCGGCCACCUCCGUUCUAUUUUCUAUAAAGCACAACUCCCUCAGCUUACGGGAACUGUACCGCCGUAGUCGCACUUUCUUUUCGUCUUGAUCCGCUGGUUGCAGCGCACGUGGCCACUCGCGGCGUGGAAAGGUGUCGUCGCGCGUCUCCUGCGCAGCAGCCAGACAACGGAUGAUGUGCAUGCUUCAUUGUCUUUUUCUGUUGGUGGUGGUGGUGGGUUUCGUUCCCCUCAGGGCGUAUGCCUUUGUCGUGCAUGUGUUGAGCGUAUCCGCCUUUCUUUCGUUUUUUCCUCUACUCUUUUCUUGAUUUCCAUGUGCAAACCCCUCCUUGCGGCGCAAGUCGCGUCGAGUAUCAUUCGCAAACUGAGUUUUUUGCUUCCUCUUUUCCUCUUUUCUGAAU